AUGCUGCAAAUGCCGAAGUUAAAUGAAAUACCUCCGGGGAGGGCGGGCCGGGGGGAGGCCCGGGCGGCGGGGAGGCGGCCCCGACCUGCAGGUCCCGAGGCCGCGAGGCGCGCGCGGGGGGCGCGGGGGCGGGCGUCCGGCGCCGGAGCUGCCCGGGACAGCUGGGGAAGCUCCAGGCUACCUACGCAUCCUGGCCCAGGCUGGGACCGGUGUCGCCCCUCCCUGCUCUGUGUCCCCUCCUCCCAGAAGCCCACCAUGGAGAGUAAGGAUGAGGUCAGCGACACUGACAGCGGCAUCAUCCUGCAGUCUGGCCCUGACAGCCCGGUCUCCCCGAUGAAGGAGCUGACCCAGGCAGUGCGCAAGCAGCAGAGGGCCCUGGAAGCACGCCUGGAGGCCUGCCUGGAGGAGCUGAGGAGGCUCUGCCUGAGGGAGGCGGAGCUGACGGGCAGCUUGCCGGCAGAGUUCCCCCUGAAGCCAGGGGAGAAGGCCCCCACGGUGCGCCGCAGGGUCGGUGCCGCCUACAGACUGGCCGAGUGGGCCCUGCACAGGGAGGACCCCCUGAGCAGCCUGGAGCGCCAGCUGGCCCUGCAGCUGCAGAUCACCGAGGCGGCGCGGCGCCUGUGCCUGGAGGAGAACCUGGGCCGCCAGGCCCGGCGGCAGCGGAAACAGGUGGUGCUGCAGGAGGAGAGGAAGUUGCGGGAGCUGCAGCGCUGCCUGGGCGAGCGGAGGCGCAGCAGCGAGCCCCUGCCCUCGCCGGCGCCGGGCCCAGAGCUCAGCGCCUCUGACGACAGCUCCCUGUCCGAUGGGCUGCUUCUGGAGGAAGAGGAAUCCCAAGUGCCAAAACCUCCCCCGGAAUCCCCAGCCCCAGCUCCCCGGCCUCUGCCACCCCAGAGCCUGGAGGGGCUGAAGCCGACAGGACCAGAGACCAGGGCCCUGGAGCGGGCCCCCAUCCAGAGCAGCCCCUGGAAGGAGACCAGCCUCGACCACCCCUACGAGCGGCCCAGGAAGUCCACCGAGCCCAGUAGUGAGUCCAGCAGCCCUGCCACCACGCCGCAGGACGGGCCCAGCGUCCCUAGCACGUGGCUGCUGGAGCCGGCCGCCUACUGCGUGCUUCCGGUCCGCGGUAUUCCUGGCCAGCGCCAGGGCCGCACCAGCGCCCCCGCCACCCCCGAGAUGCAGGGGCGGAGGGGCCAGUCGCAGUCCCUGAGGGUGGACUCCUUCCGGGCGGGACCGGAGGGCCGGGGUCGCAGCGCCUUUCCGCGCCGCCGCCCCACGCACUACACCGUGACCGUGCCAGAGUCCUGCUUCCCCGCGGCCAAGCCCCCGCUGCCCCGCGCUGCCUGCCACUCCUGCUCGGAAGACAGCGGCUCCGACGUCUCCAGCGUCUCCCACCCCGCCUCGCCGGGCGGCAGCAGCCCCGACAUCUCCUUUCUGCGGCCCCUGUCCCCGCCUGAGCUCCCUCGCCACCGCGGGGCCUGGGGACCGGCCAGCGGCAGGGAGCUGGCCGCCCACUACCCCCGGGUGCUGCUGCCUGCCGGGUACCUCCCGGCCGGGCGCUACGUGAUGGUGGCCGAGGGCCACCCGCCGCCCGGAGAGUGGGAGCUGCGCCGCGCCGCCUACGACGCCGAGGCCACCCCGCUGCGCUACCAGCGGCCGGUGCCCGCCCACGGCCGCGUCGUGCGGACGCCCUCCCUGAAGGACAGCCCCGCGGGCCGGGGGCUCAGCAAGGCCGCCGUCUCGGAGGAGCUCAAGUGGUGGCACGAGCGGGCGCGCCUCCGGAGCGCGCGGCCCCACUCGCUGGACCGCCAAGGGGCCUUCCGGGUCAGGAGCCUGCCCCUCGGGAGAGAGGGCUUCGCAGGAGCCCUGGGGCCCCGGACUCAGGUGCCCACCGUGUGCGUGCUCCGGAGAUCGCCUGAGGGGGCCCCCGUGCAAGUGUAUGUUCCCGAGAAUGGAGAGCUCAUCAGCCAGGUGUAGCACCGGGCACCCGAGCUGAGCCGGGCAGGACUGCGCCCCCUGGGGCCGAGACCCCACCAUCAGUGCCUCCUCAGCUCCCCGCCCCCAUCGCAGGCCGAUGACCGGAGCUGAGACCUCUCCCUGGUUUUUUUCUUUUUUUUUUUUUUUUACGCCGGUCUUCUCAGCAGCCUUGCCCUGGGGCUCUGCCUGUUUGUGGCCUGUCCCCAAGACCCCCGUGAUGGGACUGGGCUCCCUCUCCCCUUUCUGGCCUCCGGAACUUCAGGCCUUGCCUGUGUGAUGGACAGCGUCGGUCUCCGUAUUCAAGACGAGUGGCAGGGAUGUGCCCCGCGGAGUCGGCCGGUCCGGGACUCCCUCAGCUGCUGUGCGCCCGGUUCGAGGACUCCCUGGAGAGCAGCCCCUGGCCGCCGCCCGCACACACUCUUGACUCUGCCAUUUCCCCGGUCUCUGGGGAGUGUAGGCUGGGGCGGGGGGACCGCCCUCCCUCUGUAAUGUGCUCCAUGAUGCACGCCCAGUGCUGGGAGAGGUCAGCAUUGUCCCCUGACCCUGCCAUUUCCUGUUCCCGUAAAACCCCCCUUCAGGGCCCCAGCCCCAAUCACGUCUCUAGGCCCUGUGGGCCCCCAACCCAGGCCAAGUGAAGGCUUGCAGCCUCUCAUCUCCCGCGGCCUCUCUUCAUCGCGACCCUGGAGGUGAUACUUGACGGAUGCUUUGAGGAAGGCACCCCUUCCAGGAGGACAUGAUCUGGGGGCAGAGCUGGGAGGAGACGCAGCGCCUGCUCCCCACCUAGCCACGCUUGUGCUCUGAGAAAGCCCCGGGGUACGCAGACCUGGGGGUGCUCACGCCCGAGACGGGCUGGCCUUUCCCAGGGGCGUGAGUAACGGUGCCAGCUGCUGAGCGAGACCACACCUGCGAGCUGCAGUCCCUGGGGUUCUGAUGCUAGGGCCCCCUUUGCUGCAGGUCAGCUCCCCAGGUAGGGGUCCUGCUGCAGUGCAGAAGCGCCCUGUUGAGGCCAGGAGGGGAGGGAGAGUGGCCUUCUGGGUCUCCCUGUGCCCACAUCCCCUGCACUAGAACAGACCCCAAGUGUAGCACAGCUGUGGCGUAUCCAGGACCGCCCAUGCCUGACCCAGCAGAGCCGUGGUUCUGUUGGAGAGAGCGACCUGGGCAGGGAGGGGGCAGUGGUGGCGAGGGGAUGCACUGCAGCCAUCCCCACCUUUGGGCCAGCUCUACCUUCCAUUACGCUGACCCAUCUGCCUCUGAGCCCCUUCCCCAGUGCCCAGCUGCACCUCCCCCGGGGCCUCGCAGGAGCCCAGAGCUCUCGGCCGAGCUAGGAGCACACCUGACACUCCUUAAAUCACUGCUGGCUCCUGGGUAGCCAUUGCACACGGCCAGGCCUUUGGCUGGAACUGUGGGUCUGGCGCCACCCAACUCAAUAAAGUCUGUUCUUUGUGAUUG